UCCUUCAAUAUCCGGGUGAAAAUAAUAUGUUUUAAAGAAAGAAUCUCUUACGAAGUGCUACUAACGUCAGCACCUUUUCGAUUCAUUUCCGUCUAUGGAACCAAACAUACCAUGCCCUCUAUUUGUUUUGUUUCAUAUUGAUUGAUUGAUUGGUCUUUUUUCCCUUAAAAUUAAAAAAACCAUCAACGGAGUAUUUUGUAUUGUGAUGGUACUGAUAUACUUAAAUUGAGAAGACGUCAUUAAUUUAAUGCGUUAAAUAUAUCCCAAAUAAUUUAGGGAAAGAAGAAUAUUCACAUAAAUUGCUCGGUGKCAGAUGGAUGUUUUUGCAAAAUGGUCUCUCGUUUCUAUCAAUUCCGUUCUUUGCUUGACAGCCACAGUUACAAACCUUCUAGUCAUCUUGAUCAUCYUUCGAACACCAAGACUGCAUACUCCUUCAAAUGUCUUGCUUUGCUCUUUGGCUUUGUCCGACAUCGGCGUAGGACUCGUGGUUCAGCCUAUGUUUGUAGUUAUUUUGGCCGAAGUGCACAGGCUAGAGCAAUUUAUGGAGUUUGCCAGCAUGUUUCUGAUCGGCGUGUCUUUUCUGACCCUGACGRCCAUUGCAGUGGAUCGUUACUUGGCGCUGGUACUACACCUGAGGUACAAAACAGUCGUCRCUGUCAGGCGUGUCUCUUUGGCAAUCUCAUUUCUCUGGUCGUUGAUUCUCUUGGCUAACAUUCUACGCUACAUUCUUGACUUUAAAACCAGAAACAUUGUGAUGGUUUCAGUAAUAUGUGUUUGCUUGAUCACAUCGACAUAUUGCUAUUUUCAAAUCCACCGUAUUGUCCGACGACAUCAAAGGCAAAUCAAGGACCAAAGCCGAUCCUUGCCAUCAGCUUCUGCCCCUGUAGUGAAACAAGGAAAGGUCGUUAAAACCAUGUAUUAUAUCCAUGGUUUGUUCGUCAUAUGUGUUCUACCGUACCCAAUCAGCCUUGGCAUGUUCAUAAGCUUGGGAUCUCGACCAGAUACCGUUGUAUUCAUUUGUAGCGCCUUAACCAUUCUUUUUGCAAAUUCUUCCCUGAAUCCAUAUUUGUUUUGCUGGCGGAUGAGAGACAUAAGGCAAGCAUUGAAGCAGCUCCUUAAACGACAUUUAAAUAAUGACUGAGAUGCAAAAGUACAUUAAAC